AUGACGCUGUUCGAGGCGGAAGCGGUUUCCAUCUGCCGGUUCCUAAGGCCCGCAACACAUGUGCUGGGUUAUAGCGUAGUUGACCAGAACUACCCUACUCUUGCUAAGUUAGUAUCUGAGAUGAACAGAUAUAAUGAGCAGAUAGCCGAACUUCAGACUUGUGCUGACAAGGCUGUAGGAAUGUUGAAACAGAGGUUUUCAAGGCCUGGACUGCAUCUGAGGGAAUCCUGGUUCUUCCCAGACGCUUUUGAUGGAGCUGAUGCUGGUGGUUUGUCAUAG